AUUUCAUGUAUCAAGCUCAUUUGCCAUCAUUCACAGGCGGCUACCUCUGAAAACAAAGAUCAAAAACAAAAAAUGCAGAGGCUUCAAAAACUAAGGCAACUUGCCUCCAAUUUCCUCAAAACACCCACAAACACCACCUUCUCCAACACUUUUACCGCUUUUCACGCAAAACCCACCAUCCAAAACCCUCUUUUCACCUCUUUCUCAAGACACCCGUUUCACACUAAUCUUUUAGGGACCUCGUGCAACACUCUGCCAAUGAAAGCUCGCACCUUUCUCUUUAACCCAUUACUUGUGCAGCGCUCUUUUCUGUGUUUAUCAAGUGCCCAGUUGAGGAAAUGUUUGCUUGAUUGUAAAGUUUUGUUCUUGAAGGCUCAGUUACCAAAACGAAGUUUUCACUUCACUCCGAGUUUUCGUUCUUCUGGCCGGAGGUCAUGGUUCCACCAACUAACUACUAAUGACAUUGUUUUGGGGUUGAUUAUAGCUAAUGUUGCUGUUUUUUUAUUAUGGCGAAUUGCAGAUCCAAGUUUUAUGAGGAAAAACUUUACUAUUUCUUUAGACAAUGUUCUACAUGGGCGUGUGCACACAAUGAUAACUUCUGCAUUCAGUCAUGUUGAUACGGAGCACAUUGUAUCGAACAUGAUUGGACUUUACUUCUUUGGGAUGAGUAUUGGAAACACUUUUGGACCAGAAUAUUUGCUGAAGCUGUAUUUAGCUGGGGCUAUUGGUGGCUCAAUGUUCUUUUUAGUGUACCAUGCGUUUUUGGCUUUGUCAUCAAAGAAGCAAGAUAUGUGGCAGAAGGACCAAUCCAGGACUGCUGCGUUGGGGGCAAGUGGAGCUGUAAAUGCUAUCAUGCUGCUUGAGAUAUUCCUGAAUCCAAAGGCUACUAUCUUUCUUGAUUUUAUCAUACCUGUGCCUGCCAUGUUAGUGGGAGUCUUUCUAAUCGGGAAGGAUAUGUUGAGGAUAAUAGAGGGAAAUAGUAAUAUCUCAGGAUCGGCUCAUCUAGGAGGUGCCGUAGUUGCAGCUUUGGCAUGGGCUCGAAUUCGAAGGAGACUAUUCUAAUUUGUUGAUUGAUCAGCUAACUCUUGACAUCACAUUUUACACAAUCACAUCCAUUAGCAAAAGAUAUAUCCUAGUUUACUUUCUCAAUUGCUCCUUGUAAUUGCUUUAAUACUACUUUCCCUUUUCUACUUUUAGUUCCUUCAUCAUCUAUGGCCAUGUGAGUCAUUCUAACAGAAGAAUAUGAUAAAAAAAAUGCAUGAAUAUGUUCUGUUCU